GGUCGCGCGCGCACGCGCAGUCGGGAGCAGGGCCUCGGUUCGGCGGCGGUGUGCGGCUGCGAGGCGCCGGUGAACUCGUGUUGGCCCUGCAAGUCCCCGCGUAGCCGCUGCCGCCUUCGCCUGCCCUCGCCAUGUUCCUCACCCGGUCUGAGUACGACAGGGGUGUGAAUACUUUUUCUCCUGAAGGAAGAUUAUUUCAAGUGGAAUAUGCUAUUGAGGCUAUAAAGCUUGGUUCUACAGCCAUUGGGAUCCAGACAUCAGAGGGGGUGUGCCUAGCCGUGGAGAAGAGAAUUACCUCCCCACUCAUGGAGCCGAGCAGCAUCGAGAAAAUUGUAGAGAUUGAUGCUCACAUAGGUUGUGCCAUGAGUGGGCUAAUUGCUGAUGCUAAGACUUUAAUUGAUAAAGCCAGAGUGGAGACACAGAACCAUUGGUUCACCUACAAUGAGACCAUGACGGUGGAGAGUGUGACCCAGGCUGUGUCCAAUCUGGCUCUGCAGUUUGGAGAGGAAGAUGCAGAUCCGGGUGCCAUGUCUCGUCCCUUUGGAGUAGCACUGUUAUUUGGAGGAGUUGAUGAGAAAGGACCUCAGCUGUUUCAUAUGGACCCAUCUGGGACCUUUGUACAGUGUGAUGCUCGAGCAAUCGGCUCUGCUUCAGAGGGUGCCCAGAGCUCCUUGCAAGAAGUUUACCAUAAGUCUAUGACUCUGAAAGAAGCCAUCAAGUCCUCGCUCAUCAUCCUCAAACAAGUAAUGGAGGAGAAGCUGAAUGCAACUAACAUAGAGGUAUUUUCGGUUUUACUGUCUUUUGUUCAGUAUCUUAGCUCCUGUUGCUGAAGGUUGAAUAGAUCAAGAAAAUACAGUUUUGUAUGCUCAGGUCUUAAAAAGUUACUGAUAUCUUUUGAAUAAGUAACUUUAGUAAAGCAGUAAUGAUAAAAGCCAGAAGUCGAUGAGUUACAGAGUGAAAGGGAGCAGAUGAAAUGGACCAAACAAGAUCUGCUGAUUCCUCAAGACAUAUUGACAGCAGAGGGUAGCAUUAAAGAAAAGGACUUCAGUCUCUUUAAGGAUGGGGAAGAACUUGAAAAUACUUUCUGGACUGAGAAGAAACUAGUGGGUAGAAA